CUCCUCCUCCUGGCCGCCAGGAGGCUGGGCUGGAUCCCCGAGCAGCCGCCGCUCCUCCUCCUGGCGGGCUGGCCGAUGAGUCAGCUGACGCGGGCGCUCCACCUCGCCCCGCCGCCCCGCUCCGCGCUCCCCCAAAGUGGCUGCAAGCCGGCCGCCCACUUUCAGCGUUGGGGGGACAAGUGAUGUGCGCCUUCUAGAGCCACGCGGAGCCGCAGCCGGGCAGCCUCCCCUCUCCAACUUUGCCCCCGCCCCCACGCCUCCGCCGACCCUGCCCUCCGCCCUCCCCGAAGCCACCGGGGUGCGCGCGCGCGGGUGCGGGGUCACCGGCUGUCCGGGAUGGCUUCCAAUUUUAAUGACAUAGUGAAGCAGGGGUACGUGAGGAUCCGGAGCAGACGCCUCGGGAUUUAUCAGCGAUGCUGGUUAGUAUUCAAGAAAGCGUCCAGCAAGGGCCCCAAGAGACUGGAGAAGUUUUCCGACGAGCGCGCUGCGUACUUUCGGUGUUACCACAAGGUCACAGAACUCAACAAUGUGAAGAACGUGUCCCGGUUGCCGAAGAGCACGAAGAAACACGCCAUCGGGAUUUACUUCAACGACGACACCUCGAAGACCUUCGCUUGUGAAUCAGAUCUCGAGGCUGACGAAUGGUGCAAAGUGCUCCAGACGGAGUGCGUGGGGACUCGGAUCAGCGACAUCAGCCUCGGGGAGCCCGACUUACUGGCCACUGGGGUUGAGAGAGAACAGAGUGAGAGAUUCAAUGUGUAUUUGACGCCGUCCCCUAACGUAGAUGUACAUGGCGAAUGUGCCUUGCAGAUUACGUAUGAGCACAUCUGUCUCUGGGACGUCCAGAAUCCCAGAGUCAAACUCAUCUCCUGGCCGCUAAGCGCCCUGCGGCGGUACGGACGCGAUGCUGCCUGGUUCACGUUCGAGGCGGGGAGGAUGUGUGAGACCGGAGAGGGGCUGUUCAUCUUCCAGACGCGAGACGGGGAGGCCAUCUACCAGAAGGUCCACUCCGCGGCCCUGGCCAUCGCCGAGCAGCACGAGCACUUGCUCCAGAGCGUGAAGAACUCCAUGCUGCAGAUGAAGAUGAGCGAGCGGGCCGCCUCGCUGAGCACCAUGGUGCCCCUGCCCCGCAGCGCCUACUGGCAGCACAUCACCAGGCAGCACAGCGCGGGCCAGCUCUGCCGCCUGCAAGAUGUGUCCAGUCCUCUGAAGCUCCAUCGAACAGAGACUUUCCCCGCCUACCGCCCCGAGCACUGACAGGGACCGGCGGCCGGCAGAGCGACACCUUGCGGUGCCACGUCCCGGGAGGUCACCGGACGAUGGCCCAGGAGGACGGAGGAAAAGCUCCCAGUGCUGGCUGAUGGCGUGGUCGCCGGGAGACAG